UUUAAAAAUAGAUUUGAAAAAGUAAACCAAACAGUCGUUUCUGAACCACGCCACGCUUCUUCUUCCUCCUCACCUCAUCUGUCAGCUCUUCCCUCACCCGUCACUCUCAGUCUGAAGCUCAUCUGUCAGCUCUUCCCUCACCCCUCACCGGUUACUCUCACUCUUGCAUUUCUCUCUUUCCGCCACACUCAACUCUCAGUGAAGCUUAUAUUCAUCUGUUCAUCCCUAUCAAUAACAUCAUUGUCGCUUCCACAUAGUUUUAUUCAUCAACCUCAUGAUCACUGCAUUAGCAAAUUAUCAACCAUUACAAAGGAAGGGCUGCAACUUGUGGGCCUCACAUAUUAUUUUUAUGUAGGGCUGCAACUUGAACCGACUCUUUCGGAUUGUAGAUUCCAUGAACUGCCGUCGAAGGAAGUUCUGUUUGAAGCUGACCAUCACUCUCCUUUGGUUAGCAAACGGGUUUUGGAUGGUUUCAAAUGGAAAAAAGCAUCAUAAAUUUGGGGAAGAAGCAAGACAAGAAGAGCAUCAUUGAAAACAUCAGGACCAGCACAAAGGAUACUAGUGUCAGUCCCAAUUCCCAGAAAACACAGGUAGAUGGUCUCCCCCCACUUGUGAGUGCAUUAAAAGCUUCAGCAGAACAAAAUGCUGCCAGUUUUCACUUCCCCGGGCAUAACAGAGGGAAGGCUGCACCAUCAUCAUUGAGUCAGCUUAUUGGUACAAAGCCAUUCCUUCAUGACUUACCUGAGCUUCCAGAGCUUGACAACCUCUUUUCUCCUGAGGGGCCCAUUUUAGAAGCACAGAAACAGGCAGCAAAACUGUUUGGAGCAUCUGAGACAUGGUUCCUUGUUGGGGGCACAACUUGUGGAAUUCAAGCAGCAAUUAUGGCUACUUGUUCCCCUGGAGACUCCCUUAUUCUCCCUCGAAAUUCCCAUAUAUCUGCCAUAUCUGCAAUGGUGUUGUCUGGUGCAAUACCAAAGUACAUCAUUCCUGAGCAUGAUUCUUCCUGGGACAUUGCUGGUGGGGUCACUCUAUCACAGGUAGAGAAAGCGAUUGAGGAAUUGGACAUGGAAGGUAGAAAAAUUGCUGCAGUUUUUGUCACAUCCCCAACUUACCACGGUAUAUGCAGCAAUUUGAGUGAGAUUUCGAAGCUGUGUCAUUUACAUAAAAUUCCUUUGAUUGUCGAUGAGGCUCACGGGGCUCAUUUAGGAUUUCAUCCCGAUAUGCCUUAUCCAGCACUCCGUCAAGGGGCUGAUCUUGCUGUACAAUCAACUCACAAAGUCUUGUGCUCGCUUACACAGUCAUCAAUGUUACAUAUGUCAGGAAAUAUUGUAGAUAGAGAAAGAAUCUGUAGAUGCCUUCAAACCCUUCAAAGUAGUAGCCCAAGUUAUCUGCUUUUAGCAUCAUUAGACGCUGCUAGGGCUCAACUAAGUGAAAACCCAGAAACAGUUUUCAAUGAAGCAGUGGAAUUGGCUGUUGAAACAAAAAAUAUGAUCAAUAAAAUUCCUGGUAUUUCAGUCCUUGAUUUCCCAAGCUUCUCCAACUUCCCCGCCUUUGAUCCCCUGCGGCUUAAUAUUGGUGUAUGGCUGCUUGGCCUUUCUGGUUUUGAAGCUGACAAGGUCUUGUAUAGGGACUACGGGGUUGUUUCUGAACUAACUGGGACCCGAGCUAUUACAUUAGCUAUUAACUUGGGAACUUGUAGAGAGCAUGUCCAAAGGCUUGUGUUGGGACUGAGACAUCUAUCAACCACUUUCUUACCAAUUCAAGGUGUGGAAGGGAGGUUGGAUGACAUUGGCUUUGGGUAUGCUCAUCCACCCUUUAAUGAUAUUAGCUUGAGUUUGAAUUUAAGCCCAAGAGAGGCCUUCUUUGCAAGCAAAAGAAAAGUGAGUGUUAGGGAGAGCGUUGGGGAAGUAUGUGGGGAGCUUAUAUGUCCAUAUCCACCAGGCAUUCCAGUAUUAAUCCCUGGGGAGGUUAUCACCGAAAAUGCGUUGAAUUAUCUAAUGCUGGUUAGAAGCAAGGGUGCUGUCAUUAGUGGAGCUGCCGAUCCUCUGCUCUCUUCCAUUGUCAUAUGCAAUGCCUAAACAGGUUUAAAGCUCUUCUAAGCACCUACAAUGACUCAUAUAAUAAUUGAAUUACAUUAAUUCUUUUUAGCCGUGUGAAACAUGUAUAUAUAUGACAAAAGCUGCGACAACAUUAAGUCAGUUGCUUAAGAAGAUUCACAGUACGAUUUCAUAUUGCACUGUUGCCUUGUUGCCAAAGUGAUUCAGCACUCCAACUAUUGUUCUAAACUGCAUCAAGUUAGGAAUGGAGAUUGCAUUGGACAUCUGGUGCGAAAUUAAAUCUUCAUAUUGUGAAAUAAGAAUUUUGAUUAUUUUUAUUAUUGUAUUUUUGUUGUAUUAUUUGAAUAUCUUCCGACUCUUCACCUAAGUUACUUUUUAUAUUUUGUUUGGUAGCUUGAAUUUGAGUUUGCCCGAAAUUUGUAUUUGCGGGUUGACUGCCUGGAUAACCACUUGAAUGACCGGUGCGACACUUGUCUUCCUUGUCAACUGCGGUUGCCGUCUUUUUGCCAAAUGACCGGCUGGACGACUGGCAAGCCAAAUUUCAGGCGAUUUAGGCAAACUCAAAUUCGAGCUGCCAAUCAGUGUUGCAAACUUGUUAAGAGCACCUCUUUGAGAUUGAACUAACUGCUAAUAAUCUUGUCGGAAUUGAUGUUGUUUGGAUGAACCUAAACAAAUGAUAAAAAUGUGGAGCUAUUUCUGUUGUUUUAUCUCUCUUGCACAAAUUGUCACCAUCUCUGCCGAUCGUCUUUCAUCACCUCCACUGUCGGCCGGGGUUGCUCGUUGCCAUACACAUCCAUUGCCAUCUCAAAUCUACCGUCAGCAACUACCAUCUUCAAUGUUCGUCGGUGCCACUCAUCAUCGCAUCCACAAAUAGUAGUCGUCUCAAAUUUACCAUCGGUGACCAUCAUCUUCACCGUCAACCUUCACGAUCUCAGAUUCGCUAUUGACAAACUCAGAUGUGAGACUUAACAACUUCACAUUUGAGACUAACGGCUUUAGAUCUGUUGGAAAAAAGUCACUGAAGUUAUCCGUAGCGAACAUAAAAUUUUUACUAUCAACACAAAAUAUAAUUUUACUCUGAUAAUAUUAUUUAUUCAAUGUUUUAAUA